UCCCCCAAGAGAGACAAACAAAAUAUCUCGCCAAACCCUUAAAACUCAAACUUCGAAACUGUUGCGCUCUUCCCCUCAUUUUUGAAUCAUAAAUUUGCUGCAGCUGGCCUGUCAAUUGGCGAUUGCCGCCGCCGUCACCGGAGAUGUCACCGAUAAACUGACUUUACUUCUCGUUAAGAAUUUCAAGUAACCAUGGAGAAAAGAUGGGCUCUGAGUGAUUUUGAAAUUGGAAAGCCACUCGGAAGAGGAAAAUUUGGUCAUGUCUUUUUGGCCAGAGAAAAGAAGAGUAAUCAUGUAGUGGCAAUAAAAGUUCUUUUUAAGAGUCAGCUAAAGCAAUCUCAGGUUGAGCAUCAGCUUCGGCGGGAAGUAGAAAUACAGAGUCAUCUCAGACAUACAAAUAUAUUACGUUUAUAUGGGUAUUUCUAUGAUCAGACAAGAGUUUAUUUGAUAUUAGAACAUGCUGCAAAAGGAGAGCUAUACAAAGAACUGCAGAAGUGCAAAUAUUUCGGUGAGAAGCGAGCAGCAAUGUAUAUUGCAUCAUUGGCUCGAGCUCUUAUCUACUUACAUGGAAAACAUGUCAUUCACCGAGAUAUCAAGCCUGAGAAUCUACUGCUAGGAGCGCAGGGUGAAGUAAAGAUUGCGGAUUUUGGGUGGUCAGUUCACACAUUUAAUCGCAGGAAGACGAUGUGCGGCACUUUAGAUUACUUGCCACCUGAAAUGGUUGAAAGUGUAGAGCAUGACGCUGGUGUAGACAUUUGGAGCUUGGGUGUGCUAUGCUAUGAGUUCCUUUAUGGUGUACCGCCGUUUGAGGCCAAGGAACACUCUGAUACAUACAGAAGAAUUGUCGAAGUUGAUCUGAAGUUUCCCUCAAAUCCCAUAGUGUCUCCAGCUGCGAAGGACUUGAUAAGCAAGAUGCUUGUGAAAGAAUCCUCACAGCGUCUACCACUCCACAAGCUACUGGAGCAUCCAUGGAUCAUUCAAAAUGCUGAUCCUCCUGGUAUUUCUUGAAACUUGAUUUUCUGGUUUGGAGGUGAGGCCCUCGAGCACAUUAAUGACAUUGGUGCAACUAGUAGAUUAGGAAUCCAGGAGCUGAUUCUCGAUUCACAUUCCUGUUUUGUUUGUCAAAAGGAGAAAAAGCUGCUAUGUUUGUAUUGCUGUAGAGUUAUUGUUUCUCCUGUUUUAAAAUUGGUUUAGUUUGAAAUAUUGAUUUUGGUUUUAGAACCUCUAAUUGACUUUCAUUCCAAGCCGGUGUUCCACCUUUAACAA